UUCAUUCGAAACAUUCGUUAGAUUUCUUCAGAUUUAUCCAUCUGCACAGAAUACCGAAAAACGAAAAGAACCCGUAUGAGAACGUCAUAAACAAGAAAAAUCUCUCCGCAUUAAUUAGGGAAAUAUCAAUCAAAUACUGCGAUAAAGGCACAAUUAUUGUAAAAUAUAACGUAUAACAAUGUCAACACCUGCUAGGAGACGAUUGAUGAGAGAUUUUAAAAGAUUACAAGAAGAUCCACCUGCUGGUGUAAGUGGUGCCCCAACAGACAAUAACAUAAUGUUGUGGAAUGCAGUAAUAUUUGGGCCACAUGACACACCUUUUGAAGAUGGUACAUUUAAAUUAACAGUAGAAUUCACUGAAGAAUAUCCAAAUAAACCCCCUACAGUACGAUUUGUAUCUAAAAUGUUUCACCCUAAUGUUUAUGCUGAUGGUAGUAUAUGUUUAGAUAUUUUACAAAAUAGAUGGAGUCCUACAUAUGAUGCAUCAGCCAUUUUAACCUCUAUACAGUCUUUACUUCACGAUCCAAAUCCAAAUAGCCCAGCAAAUAAUGAAGCUGCUCAGUUAUAUAGAGAAAAUCGGCGAGAAUAUGAGAAAAAAGUAGCAUCAAUAGUGCAACAAAGCUGGCAAGAUGAUUCGGACGAUGAGGAGGACACAACUAAAGAAUUGUCAUAGCAACAGCUUUCAUUAAUUAGACAUGCAGUUAAAAAUCUCUCCAUUGAUAAUGUACACAUAUCUUUUCCUUGUAAGGGGUUGUCUCAGAACUUUUCCUUAUUUGGUGUCGUUAAUUUUAAACUACAUGUAGAUUUUAUAACUAACAUCAUUUUAGAAUGUUGAUCAGCAUAUUGAGCUGUUUAUAAUUCUGAAAUUCAGAAAAUAGUCAUGUCAAUUGAACUCGUAAAGUAUUAGAAUUUCAAUAUAAAUAUGUUAUGAGACAGCCCCUAACAGUCAUUUCUGAAAGGGCAACAUAUGUUUGUUAAUGUUUGAUUGAAUUGUACCAUUUAGAUGUGUUCCAGUCUUGUUAAGUCCAAUGUCAGUUAUGGUAUUGUUAAGUAAGCACCAAAAAAAAAGAGUAAAAAUAUGCCUGACAAAUGGGUAAUUUUUCAUCUGUUGCUAGUUACAGCAUCAUGUUUUUAAUCAGUUGUAAAAUUCAAGGGAUUUAUUUUAUUUUCACUUGUGUUUUAUCAAGUUUUACAAAAAAAACUUAUGAUUGAGAACAAUCAAAUCAAAGCAUUUUUAUGAUCAGAUAUCUGAAAUGAGAAAGUUUUUAGGAUUUUUUCUGUGAUAAUGAUUUAUGUAGUAUGACUUAAACAUUUCAGAGAUCUUGAUCAUGUUGGUAAGGGAGGUAACUUGUUGUCUGCAAUGAUAAAUUGUAUUAAGGCCACACAGACAAAUCUCUGUGUUAACAGUUCAUCUAUUCAAUAGUAGUUAAAUGGUUAUAAAUUCUAACAAUGAACGUUAUCAUAUAGUCAUAAAAUACUGUAAAUUUUAAAAUAAAGUUUAGUCCCAAUUUGGGUAUUAUUUCAGUCUUUGCUUGAUGAACCAAAUCCAAAUAGCCCUGCAAAUAAUGUGGCAGCCCAGCUAUACAAAGACAAUAAAAGGGAGUAUGAGAAACGAGUUAAAGUUAUUGUAGAAGAAAGUUGGAUUUUUCAUGGGUCUAUUGAGGACGAUUGAAUAACAUGGUCAGGUCUACAAACAUCAUAAUUAUAUCAAUGUUUUAUUGUAUAAAACUUUAAAAACACUUCUAACUGAGUUAGUUGAUGUAAAGAUUUUUUUAUAUUCUUAUUUUAGAUCUGUAUUUUUGGAAAAAAUCCUUCUGAAUUCUGAAUAUUUGCUAUUUUAUAAUUGGAAAUGUUUAAAAAUUGAAGAAGAAGUUGGUUUAUAUUAGAAAUUGCUUAGAAUUGUCAACAAACAGUUAAAUCCAGGGAAAAGCGUCAAACAAUUGAGCUCACAAUAUAUUUGGAAGUUGAAAUAAGAUGGUGGAGGACAUAUUUGAUUUCUACUUUAUAUUUUGAAUACCUUCUUUUUAUACCAAAAACAGUUGUAUGUUGUAAGUCAUUUUAGGGUAGUGUGGGGAGACAUUGGGUAUAUGUCAAUGAGACAAUCCAUGACACUUGAUCAUGUAUUCAGUUUAGAUUCUUAAAGUAAAUGAAAAGGAACAUUUGACCCUUAUACAUUAGAAUACAAAGUUCAUCACAGUUUUAUAGAUUCUUUAUAUGGAGUUAACCUCUCCUUUAGAUAGACCAUUGACCUUGGUGUCUAAUGAGAAGUAGAAUAUGAAGCAGGGAGACAUAUGUCUCUAUCUGUAUGAAGUAUUAUACCAGAAGUGCUGUAAUUUAUAAUGAUAGGAAAUUGUAUGUGUACAAGUUUCUGUAUAAGACUAUUUUGUUUUAUUUUAUACCUAUUGUAUCAUCAACUUCUCUACAGUGGGCUGUUAUCACUAGUCUGUGGUAACCAUGGUAACCAUUGUUUUAUAAUAUAUUCAUGACAAUUUGUUGUCAUUCUUUAUAAGUCGGAAUAAUAGCUCCACAAUAUGUAUUUAAUAAAAUAACAAUACAAUGUAAAUAUCAUUAGUUUGUUUCGUCGUCAAGUAACUGACCUAACUGUUAAUCCAUUAGUUCUGUAAUGAUAGAUCAUUCAUUAUUAAAACCUUAUUUAUAAUUGACUUUUUAUAGUGGUACAAAUAUGUAAAACUUGUUAAACUUGUUAAGUUAUCAUGAGGGACUAGGUAAAGUUAACAAAAUACAGUAUUACGGGUCUGAGAUAUACAAAAAUAGAUUAACAGACCCCAAAAAUAUAGAAUAGACACCAAUGGCCUAAAAAUAUUAGAAUAUUUAAAUAAAGCCCUUUUUAAAUACAUAGACACUGGAGAGAAAUUGAUGAUAUUGUUUAUUACUUUGUGGGCACACAAAUAAUAAAUGGACUUCAUCCACAAUGCAAAUACUUGUAUUUGUCUUGUGCAGAUUUCAGUAUAAUUAUUGUAUUAUUAUUAUUGUUUUGUUCCCAGGGAUACUUUACAGAGUAGUUAUAAUACAAGUUUUUUUAUGCAGAUAUUAUUUUCAUUCUUGGUAAUUUUAAAGUUAUAUUUUUCACUUGAAUAAUUUAUAAUCAAAACCACACUUGAAGGAUUUAUGUAAACAUUUAUAUGGCUACUCAAAUGAAGAUAUAUAUUUUGAUGAGUUUCACUUCAAUACAGUAUGUAUCCCUGAGUACUAUGCUUUGGUUGUUUUUGUUAUUGUAUAAUGUUGCCUGUAUCAUAAAGUAUUGUGGUGUACUAAUACUAGGUAUAUUUGAAGGUACACCAGAAUUCUUAUUAAAGUAUUUCAUUGGUCACAUAACUUCACUCAAAGAUUUCUGUGUUAUAUUAUAUAUUUAAACUACUUUUGUGUUAUUAUAUAACGAAAAGACUUGUGUUUAUAUUAUAUAACUUUUAAUUGUUAAUUUUAUUAGUUAUAUACAUCUAUCAUCUGUUCUUGCCCACACAAUUUUAGGUCAUUAAUCAAGGAAAGAAUUGAUGAUCUAAAAUUUGUGGCAUUAUCCAAUUAAAAUGAACGUUACAUAAGAACAAUGAAUAUAAAGCACUCUAUCUGACUAUUAUUAUACCGAUGUCAUAUUCUGUCUGACUAUUAUUAUACCGAUGUCAUAUUCUGUCUGACUAUUAUUAUACCGAUGUCAUAUUCUGGGUUAUAGUUAUUAUGUUAUGAACCACUUGAGUGAACUUUCUUUGUAUUAUCUCCGUAUAACAUGAUCUAUUUAUCAUGAGUUAUUGAGUUUUGUUUCAUUUUUGUAGUGAUCAUUGAUAAUGUCUUAAAAUGAGACAUUAAAAUUGAAAAAAAGUUUA